AUGUUCAAUGCCACCGUCUCUGCAGGCGGAGACGAACAAUCCGAAGGAUUGGUCAAUGAGACUACUUUUGGUGCAUAUGCCGUGUACAACGAAGGCAAGCUGGCGUCAAUAGUGGCCGUGAAUCUGAACAUGUGGAAUUCAACCAUGGAUGACGCGGAUCACCCAUAUACAACCCUCUCGUUGCCUCGGGCUUGGAAUGAUGCGAGGGUAUCGCGCUUAACGAAUUCUGGUGUUUACACGGCUGAAAACAUCACGUUUGCCGGUCAAUACAUUGACGGAAAAGGUCACAUUGUUGGCAAAGAGUCGUUUGAUAAGGUCAUUGAUGGAAUGGUGUAUGUUGGUAGUGGAGAGGCUGUUUUUUUGAUUAGCAAGCAGUUAGUGAACUAA